AUGAGGACAGGAACUUUCAGGGUCGCUCCUAUGAGUGUAACUCUGAAUGCCCAGACCUGUCUUCUUACUUCAGACGCUGCAACUCCAUCCGAGUGGAAAGCGGAAACUGGAUUCUGUAUGAACAUACCAAUUACAGAGGACACCAGUACUUCCUGCACAGGGGAGAAUAUCCUGACUUCCAACAAUGGAUGGGAUAUAAUGACUCUCAAUUAG